ACAGCAUGGCGGUCAAGGUGCAGACAACUAAGCGAGGGGAUCCUCAUGAGUUAAGAAACAUAUUUCUACAGUAUGCCAGUACUGAGGUUGAUGGAGAGCAUUACAUGACUCCAGAAGACUUUGUUCAGCGCUAUCUUGGACUGUAUAAUGAUCCAAAUAGUAACCCAAAGAUCGUGCAGCUCUUGGCAGGAGUAGCUGAUCAAACCAAGGAUGGGUUGAUCUCCUAUCAAGAGUUCUUGGCAUUUGAAUCUGUUUUAUGUGCUCCAGAUUCCAUGUUCAUAGUGGCUUUCCAGUUGUUUGACAAGAGUGGAAAUGGAGAGGUGACAUUUGAAAAUGUCAAAGAAAUUUUUGGACAGACUAUUAUUCAUCAUCAUAUCCCUUUUAACUGGGACUGUGAAUUUAUCCGACUGCAUUUUGGGCAUAACCGGAAGAAGCAUCUUAACUACACAGAAUUCACGCAGUUUCUCCAGGAGCUACAGUUGGAACACGCAAGACAAGCCUUUGCACUGAAAGACAAAAGCAAAAGUGGCAUGAUUUCUGGUCUGGAUUUCAGUGACAUCAUGGUUACCAUUAGAUCUCACAUGCUUACUCCUUUUGUGGAGGAGAACUUAGUUUCAGCAGCUGGAGGAAGUAUCUCACACCAGGUUAGCUUCUCCUACUUCAAUGCAUUUAACUCCUUACUGAAUAACAUGGAGCUUGUUCGUAAGAUAUAUAGCACUCUAGCUGGCACAAGGAAAGAUGUUGAAGUCACAAAGGAGGAAUUUGCCCAGAGUGCCAUACGCUAUGGACAAGUCACACCACUAGAAAUUGAUAUUCUAUAUCAGCUUGCAGACUUAUAUAACGCUUCAGGGCGCUUGACUUUGGCAGAUAUUGAGAGAAUAGCCCCAUUGGCUGAGGGGGCCUUACCUUACAACCUGGCAGAACUUCAGAGACAGCAGUCUCCUGGAUUAGGUAGGCCUAUCUGGCUCCAGAUUGCCGAGUCUGCUUACAGAUUCACUCUGGGCUCAGUUGCUGGAGCUGUGGGAGCCACUGCAGUGUAUCCUAUAGAUCUGGUGAAGACCCGAAUGCAAAACCAGCGUGGCUCUGGCUCUGUUGUUGGGGAGCUGAUGUACAAAAACAGCUUUGACUGUUUUAAGAAAGUCUUGCGUUAUGAGGGCUUCUUUGGACUCUACCGGGGUCUGAUACCACAGCUUAUAGGGGUUGCUCCAGAAAAGGCCAUUAAACUGACUGUUAAUGAUUUUGUUCGGGACAAAUUUACCAGAAGAGAUGGCUCUGUUCCACUUCCAGCAGAAGUCCUUGCUGGAGGCUGUGCUGGAGGCUCUCAGGUCAUUUUUACCAACCCAUUGGAGAUAGUGAAGAUUCGUCUGCAAGUAGCUGGAGAGAUCACCACGGGACCCAGAGUCAGCGCCCUGAAUGUACUCCGGGACUUGGGAAUUUUUGGUCUGUAUAAGGGUGCCAAAGCGUGUUUCCUCCGAGACAUUCCCUUCUCUGCAAUCUAUUUUCCUGUUUAUGCUCAUUGCAAACUACUUCUGGCUGAUGAAAAUGGACAUGUGGGAGGUUUAAAUCUUCUUGCAGCUGGAGCCAUGGCAGGUGUCCCAGCUGCAUCUCUGGUGACCCCUGCUGAUGUCAUCAAGACAAGACUGCAGGUGGCUGCCCGCGCUGGCCAGACGACAUACAGUGGUGUCAUCGACUGUUUCAGGAAGAUUCUCCGGGAAGAAGGGCCCUCAGCAUUUUGGAAAGGGACUGCAGCUCGAGUGUUUCGAUCCUCUCCCCAGUUUGGUGUUACCUUGGUCACUUAUGAACUUCUCCAGCGGUGGUUUUACAUUGAUUUUGGAGGCCUCAAACCCGCUGGUUCAGAACCAACACCUAAGUCACGCAUUGCAGACCUUCCUCCUGCCAACCCUGAUCACAUCGGUGGAUACAGACUCGCCACAGCCACGUUUGCAGGCAUCGAAAACAAAUUUGGCCUUUAUCUCCCCAAAUUUAAGUCUCCUAGUGUUGCUGUGGUUCAGCCAAAGGCAGCAGUGGCAGCCACUCAGUGAUGAGACAACUGUUGAGUGUGGCAAAAUGGCACCUUGAAGAAAGAGGCCUAGGAGAGCAGCCCUGUAAUGUAUCCAGUCAGCUGCAUGGUGCUGACUGAGCUGAGGAGUCAAACUAUUCUUUCUAUAUGACAUAUACAUAUACUUGUUUAUAAAAUAAUCAUUUGCCCAGGGAAAAAACCACAAUGCUGUUUCAAGCUUUAGUCUUAUGUGUUGAAAUGUUUUUGUAAGCCUUGGCAUGAAUUAGUGUUCUAGACUCUGCUUUGCACAGCUUGCACUUACAGUGAUUGUACAUAUUGUACAUCUUUGUACAGAGACAUCUUGGCACCUCAUCCCAACAAAUCACAUUUGUAGAAAUGUAAUGCGGUUCUGAGUGGCUUGAAAUGUACAGAAUGUUUUGAAAGUGUUUUAUUAAGAAUCACACAAAAAUAAAUGUAUUAAAAUUAAAUUCAUUCUCUUAUUGGUGACUUAUGGAAAUAAAGCAUCAAUAUUGGAUGUAUUUAAUUCCUAGUUUGUUUUCCAUUCUGGAAUAAAAAGGUAUUUGCUGAUAAAAGGCAUAAUGAGACAUAUUGCUGAUACCAUUGAAUAAGUGGUACUUUGGAAAGAUGCAUGCCAGUGGAUGCCAGAGGACCAGGCUAAUGACUUGUGUGUGCUGAUAUGUUUCCAUUUGUAUUUUAAUGUGUGUGUAGACCCUCCUCUGUUCAUCAAUCAAAAAGCAUUUCCUAGGCAGCUCCUCUCCUGUCAGUGUGCAUAUAGAAACAGGGAUAUCUCCAUCAUUACUGGCUUAGUUUUGCUUUCCUUUGACACAGCAAGGCAAAGGCCAAGCUUUCAAAAGAGUAAAGGAUACUUCCACAGUUUUCCUUCAUAUGGAUAUGAUUCCAGUCAAAAAUAAAAUGCACACCAAAAUGU